CAAGCCCAGUCCUAUGAGACGGUGAAGCAACGCGGCCAUGUUCGUUUCUGGUUUCUUCUUCUAAGUCAUAGAGAGGAGAGAGAGAGAGGGUAAAACCCUAAUUCGUCGCGUUCCUUCUGUUCUACAAUCGAAGACCCCAAUUUUUAUAAUACGGGUGAUGUGCAUUCUGUGAUUCAGAGUUUUGAUUCAAGUUUCUCACUUGAUUUAUUAUUUACUGUCAUGGAUCCCAAUGUUUCUAUUGAUGAUAAGGGUGAAAGUAGACUCUAUAUUGGUAACCUUGAUUUUAGAAUUACCGAAGCUGCUCUGCUUAAAAUGUUUUCUCCUUAUGGAAAGAUCAUUUCUGAGGACUUUUUAUGGCACACGCGUGGCCCAAAACGUGGGGAGCCACGUGGUUUUGCCUUUAUCCAGUACAGCUCAAAAGAGUGAGAAUGCAGGAAGCAGAAUUAGCCAAGGAGAAAAUGCAUGGGAGGUUAGCUUGUGGCCGGCCAUUGGUUGUUCGUCUUGCUGGUGAGAAGUGCAUGCUGGAAACAGCUGAUAACUCUGCAAAAGCAGUGAGUGAAGUGCACAAGAUGCAUCUCACUAGUGGCGGUGGUGGUGGUGCCAUGGGACAGACAAGUCGUAGUGCCAAAAUAGCUGCUAUUAAAAAUAAAUUGAAAUCCUUAGAGGAGGAGAGUUCUAGGACCAAGAAGCAGAAGCAAAGUGAAAAUAUUUCUUGAGGCAAUUGUGCAAGUAUAUAAUAUGUAGAAUCAAGGGAUGAUAUAAUGAUGUAUGAACUGAAUGUGGUGCAAUUGUUUGUCUCCAUUUAGUUGGAAUUCAUAUAUUUGAUUCAGUUUGGUUUUUCCA